AUGCAUCUCACUCGGGAAUCAACACCACCGCCCAGUCGUCUAGUGCUCCAGAACGCCAGGGACCGCUAUGAGUACUAUUCACAGGGAUUCGUGUGCGGCGAUCCUCGCGAGCUGCGAGUUGGAGUUGUGCUCAAGAUCUCGAGCGCGAACGAUACCUUUCCGACAGCGCAGGCAACGCGCUGCUCGUCAACGACGUGCGCUGGCGCAAACUACGGUCCUUCGACCUGGUUGCUGGGUCCUUCAACGCGUCCACGCGAGCUGCUCGUCAACGACGUGCGCUGGCGCAAACUACGGUCCUUCGACCUGGUUGCUGGGUUCUUUAACGCGUCCACGCGAGCCGCUCGGCUUCAAGACGCACUCACAGCUGCCAUAGACGAGGCUUUUGCCAUUGCGGGGAACGACAGCGUCAGCUCGUGCCUGACCAACAAGGGCCUUGCCCUUACCCCACCUAGAGACACUGAAGCCGCCAGCUCAGCGCUGACGGACCCGAGAGUUUUUAGCAAAAACUCACUUGAUGCCCCAGUUCACGAGGUCGUCGAUUAUACAGCCGGGGCCAGUGGUGAUGAGGUGCUUGACGCCGCCGACGAUCUUCCCCGCGCUUUUGUAGCUCGUGUGAGCGACGAUGAGGCCAACAGCUGUAGAGGACAAGCACCGGUGUCGCCGCCAUGGUCGCGUAAUAAGCUGCGGCGGACGGUAUUUCUUAACGAACGUGAAGUGACGGACGCCGACCUGCUGGACGCUCGCCGCUUUGUCGAAAGUGUACCCACCCAUUACCAGCGAAAAAACGCCGCCACCAAAGAAGUUCAAGACCGGCGAAUCUAUCAUGCUCAUUUAACAAAGGCCCAACAAGGUCAAGCUAUCCAACGCCUAGCUGGACUUCGAAAGCGGCUUCGUGAACUACAUGAGCGUCGACCUACCUACCAAGAGCCUCCCUUCAUCCCUAUAGAAGGCCCGUGGCCCACCGGCGUCACAAAGCUUACCGUGUGCAACAAUCCAGACAACGCCUCUUUUAAAGACAUAGGCGACUUCGGAGGCUGCGAGUGCGUGGGAGAUUGUUUCCUGGACUCGUGCAGCAACACUACCGGCGCGCUGUACGGCACGUCGGAGUCCUGA